AUGAAUCAUUCGCAGCCAGUUAUAAAGCAUCUUUCGGUGAAUUUUAGAAGCCAUACAGAAAUAUUGGAGGUCGCUCAUGUAGUUGUACAAUUAAUUGUGACUUUUUUCCCGGAUUAUAUAGAUAGGCUUGAUAAGGAGACGUCUACAAUUCAUGGGGCCAAGCCGAUUAUUGUGAAUUCUAGCUCGAUAAAUACGCUUAAAUUGUGUAUCCAAAGAGUUUCUAGAAGGAGCACUGAUAUUGAAUUUGGAUGAAAUCAAGUUGUGCUUGUAGGGAAUGAUAAAGCAAGAAAAAGCCUUCCUAGAAUGCUGCAGGAAGCUAUUUGUUUAACUAUAUUAGAAUUUAAUUAAUUAUCUAUAUUGUUUAACUUCCAUAAUAGCAGAUUUUAUUAAAGAUUAUCUAUAUUGAGGUCUAUAAUAACUGACAGAUUUUAUUAAAAAUUAAAUUAUAUUAGAAUCUAAAGGACUGGAAUUUGACGAUGUAAUUUUAUAUAAUUUUUUUAAUGACAGCCAAGCCCAAGAAAAUGAAUGGGCAAGACUUUCAAAAUUUAUUGAUAGCGAUAUAAACGAAAUCAAAAAAGCUCGAGAAGGCAUGAAAAGUAGCUUAUUAUGCUCUGAAUUAAAACAUUUAUAUGUAGGAAUUACAAGAGCGAGAAAAAAUUUAAUUAUUUUUGAUAAUGAUGAUACCUGCAGAAAAUCUCUGCAAAAAUGCUGAAUGGCUAAUCAAUUAAUAGAGCUGUUUGAAUUUAGUUUAGAAAUUCCGGUUCAUGUUUUUGCUCUGCACUUCAAUAGUCUGACAAUUUACUUGGAAAUUUGUUUCUUGGUUAAUUUUUAAAAAUUUAACUCAUUUUUGAAGAAAAUAGCUAAUAUGUAAAUUGUGCUAGGAAUGAGACAAUGCCCAAAGAAAAAUUGCAUGCAGCCAAGAAAUUCAAAACCAAGUCAUUGAGCCUCAAGAUGAAAACUCAGACUGAAAUAAUCUAGAAACAUGGAGAAGACUCGGAUACCAAUUAUUUAACAGAAAAAAUUAUGGGCAAGCAAAGUUUUGUUGGCAUAAAGCAGGAGAUGAAAUUUUAAUUAACAAAAUAGAUGCCACAAUUUCUGCUGAAGAAGGGAAAAAAUUAUGCUCUGAAAUAGCUGCAAUUAAAGAAAGGGCAAAAGAAGCUGGAAGAAGACUCGGAAAUAGUCAAAAAGAAGAAAUAAAUAGAAAAAAUGAAAAAGCUAUGGAUCUAUUUAGAAAUGCUGCACAAUUGUUUGAAAUUGCAAAUGAAUUUAAAGAAGCUGCAAUGUGCUAUAGUUCUUUAGAAGACUAUAAAAAUGCAGCUAAGCUAUUUUUAAAAAUAAAUAUGAUCCAUGAAGCAGCGGUGGCUUAUUAUAAGGCAAAAUGCUAUAAAGAAGCUGCUGAUCUUUAUGAAAGGAGCCGAGAUUAUGUCAUGAAUGUUAAAUGCUGAGUAUUCGCUGAUGAUUUUGAUAGAGCUUUGGCUCAAUUUAAAAAAUAUAUUUGGGCAAUUCAAGAAAACAAUGCUAAAUUGUUACUGCAAUUAAUAAUAAGAUGCUCUUUAUCAUGCUAUUUCCCUGAGCCGUUUGUUGAAAAUUGUGAUGAUGAUCUUAAAUGAAGAGAUAUUGAUGAUUUUAUUUUAUUUCCAGGAUUAAAAUUUAAGAACUACUGAGCAACGUAUAAGAGUAUUGAUGAGUUUGGAGAGUUAUCUGAAGAGUUUUUUAAUCAAAAAAGAAACUUGUCUGCAAAUUAUAAAUUUGACCCAAAAAAUACCAUUUUAAUUCUGAAACAUAUUGUUAAAAUUUUAAAAAAUUUGGCAACUAACUCUAAUGGAAGCAGAUUAUAUAAUACAGAAACAAUAGAUUUUAUAGAAGACUGCCAAAAAAUUCCAGAUUUUUUAAAAAUAUUUUCUGAAGAGUUUUCUUUGAAAUUUACAGCACCCUUAUCAUCUCUUCUUGAUUCCUUUGUAAAUGAAAAUAAAAGGAUAUGUAUUCUCAUAGCAAAUUCAUUAAGAUUAGCUGAUUUGUCUUGCUGAUAUUUUCUUUCAUCUGUUUUUAAACUUUCGAAACCAUUUUUAACCUCCAAUAGAUUUAGAAAAGAUGCAUUUUCGUAUUUCAAAUACAGAAGUAUUUAUACAGGAUUAAAAUUUAUAGAUCCAGACUUCUAUAACCGUGAAAUUUUAUUGUUUGGUUUAGCUAUUUCUAAUAAAAAAUGGCGUCUCCACCUAGAAUGGCCUCUCGGCCAAGCACAUAUUUUAAUUAUAUCCGGCAAGGUUUUACCAACCCAGAAAUGGACAGCAAUGCUAGUAAACAACUCUGGUACUGUACAGAGCCUAGCCCUUGUGGUGACUGCAUUAACAAUAUGGAAGUAGCCUUCUAGUAAUAAUGGCAAUGGUAAUGGUUAGCUAUUUCGGAUUUUGGAAAAUAUUGUGAUUUAUUCCUGAGAAUGCUUGCAAAGACCUUAUAAAUUUGUAUUUUUUAGGAAAAAAAGAAUAUAAUAAAUUGCAAGCUAAAGCCUAUUUUACCGAAUUAAAAGAAACAAAAUACUUCGAGCAGGUAUUGAAUUUUGUUAAUUCAGAUAAUCAUAUGACAAUAAAUGCAAAUUUUGAUGGUUUUCAAUUAGAAAAUAAUGAAGAUGAGUAUCAUUGGAUAAGAGAAGUUCAUAGAUUGAAUACUCUUAAUGAAGAAGAAUUAGAGGAACUAAAAGGCUGAUUUAGGAGUCUACUGAUAGGUUCUCAAAGUAUUAUUAAUAAUGAUUUUCUAUAAUGCAUAAAUAAUUUACAGAGUUCUAAUAUAAAAUUUUGCUGAAAAGCUACAUCUUAAUAGUAAUAAUAUAGAUAUAAUGUCUGAAAAUUGCACAACACAUCAUAUAUGAAGACGAAAAAGUGUUUAUGGAAAAUUGUGCAGGGAUAUGCUUUUUAUUAGUAGGCUCAAAUCAACUGUUACAAAAAAUUAAAGUCUUUUUACAAAUUGAUGAAAUGGAAGCUUUAAUUAUCAUUGCAGAGCAUAUAAUAAAUUUUUUAUUGGGAAAGCCUAAUGGCAUAGAGACUCAGAAUAGAAGCAAGUUUUUGGAAUAUUUUUUAUUGGUAUUUGGAAUAAAAUUAAUAAGCCCCGGGAAGUCUACCAAAUGGCUGCCAUUUUUGACACAUGCUGUUAUGAGCAAAUACUAUAUAAGAAGUGAAAUAAUUUUGAAUAAAAAUGAUAACAGUACCUAUACCUUUGAUAUAGAAGGAGAUUACUGGCUUGUUCCUAAAACCCUUAUUUUUAAAGACAUUGCGAAAUUAAUUUUGCAUUGUCUAAAUGAGCUGGUUUAUGAAAGAAUUAAAUUAUCAAAUUUAAAACAAUACCCUUUUAAUACAACGGAGAGACCGUCAGCAAAAAUUCUCGAGCUUAGAAUAUGCAUGCUAGGAGAAAUUUCUAUGCUGAAAGGAAUUAAAGCGGCCUGUAUUUCAUGCGGAGUUGAUUAUAAGUAUGGAAAUUGAAAUGAAACUUACGAUUGACAUGUCUAUAAUAUUAAAAGAGAUCUAUGUCGGAUACCUUUUUCGUGCAUAUUUUUAUCAUCUGCUUCGAGAAAAGUUUUAAGAGACGAAGCAAUUAAGUCUUUGUCAAGUCUCAAUAAUCUCGAUAAAAUGCAUACUAUUUUUCCAAUAUUAAUAGUUUCCUAUCUACUUUUAUUUCUUGAAAGGCAAGAAUAUAUGUUUAUGGACAUUUUAAAUGAAGUUUUGCUAAAGAAAAAAUUUUCGAGUGAAAAGAUUUCAUCUAUCCAUGAAAUAGCCGAAAAAAUAAUAAAUUUUGUAUCAUGCUCACAUACAGGAAAUCCUAAAAGCAUAUGCAAUUCCAUAUGAGAAAUUUUAAGCAAGAAUCUAAAUUAUAUUCCUUUUGCAGAAGCUUCUAGCUUAUUUCAGAUAUAUUGUGCACAUGCUUUAUUAGCAUGCCCGAAUAAAUUAAUUCCUGCUAUUUUGGUUAAACCUUACUAUGAUUGCUAUUCAGUAUCAAUCUACAAUAAUCUCAAAAAUUGUAUAAUUGAUAAUCAAAUAGACUCAAUUUUAUCUUUAAUGGACCGAUUGAUUGAACUGUUUAAGAAAAUUUUAAAAAAUAGUCAAAAGGAAAACCUGGGGGGGAUAUUUCUUCAAUGUCUUACUGUAAUUAUGAACUCAAUACAGUCUAAAGAAUAUUUUCAGAAGCUUAAAUCUCUAGGCUUUAUCCCUAAAGAUUUCAAGUAUGAAUAUGAAAGACUUAAUCAAAUAUUUCACAGCAAAAAUAUAAAUAGUGAUGACCUUAGAUAUAUUUAUAAAUGCGAAAACAAAAAUUGAAGAAUUUCUAAUAUUUUAUUUGAUAAAUAUUAUAUCGAGAAUAUUGGAGAAAAUCUUUUGGAAAUGCAUGAUAUAAGUCCUAGAAAAAAUAUUAAUUAUUCUUUAUUUGAGACAUUACUUAGAGCGAAUUUUAGUCUAUUUCUAAAGCACAAUGAAGAAGUUCAUGAUAUUUAUGAAAAUAUAUCUUCUGGAUAUUUAUUAUUAUUAAAAAAUAGAAGACAAAGAGAAACUCCUGAUAUCAACAUUGUGAGGGCCAUUAUUACAUUAAUAAAUAAUGGUUCUAAAAUAUUUAAUAGAAUUUAUGAAUAUUCAUUUACAGAAGAAGAAUACGAUGAUAUAAUUUUAGGACAAAUAAAUGACCAAAUGAGCAAAUGAAUUUUGUCAAAUAAAAAAUUAGAAAAUUUGCAGAUACUUUCUAAAAGAAUACAAAAUAAAGAUGAAAACGAAGAAGCUGAAUCUGAAGAUGAAAAUAUUGAAUAUAAUAAGAAUGAAGGAAUGAAAAUGAAUAUAGAAGACCCAAUUGAUAAAAUGAAAUUCAAUGAGCUAAAAUUAAAACUUCGUGAAGAAAUUGAGGAAGGCUUUGAAUCUUUUUCUAUGGAAGAAUAA